AUGGAUGAAGGUAAAGCUAAAAGGAAAAGUCUGUUGGAUACGCCUCAGAAGCGGCGACAUACAGCAACGUCGGUCGACUUGAGAAGAAACAAAGUUCAGUAUGUUAAUCCAGUAGGUGGUACAGUUACAGAUCCGUUGAAUGUGAAAAGUGAGCAUAAGGACACAAAGCCAGCGAUUAUUCAAAAGGUAAGUUUUUAUAAGUUACUAUAAUGUAAGGUAUAUCUGUGGCAAUUUUGUAGAACACUGUAAGGUUUUGAAUACGUUGGUUUAAAAGUGAUUCGGUUUUAAUGUUGUUAUUUACGAUGACGAUUUAUAUUUUCAGAGGAAGUUCUCCACGAGAACGUUGAUUAAAGAGAAGCCGGCUCCAAAAACGACCGAUGAAGCCGAAAGAAAGAUUCAUAGACGAAACAUGAAGCGACGCUACAAAUACGGUAAUUUUAAUUACUUCCAUCGUACUCUACAUCCCUUCUACACCGAUGGGAGGACAACAUUUAUGUGUGAAGAUUGGUUUACUGGAAAGAAUGUUCUGGACAUUGGCUGUAAUGCUGGUAAUUUAACAUUGUCAAUUGCUAGAGAAUUUGAACCGAGCUCUAUCUUGGGUAUUGACAUUGAUCCACAUCUGAUUGCUGCUGCUAGGAAAAAUAUUCGGCAUUUCUAUGAUAAGGAUGUUAAGGUGAGGGUUUAGCUUAUUAAUAGUAUUCUACAGUGUAAAUUUAAGUGCUAAUGCAGUUUUUAGAGAAGAUAAUAAUGUGAAUCUAUUUUUAGACGGUCAACAGAUUUCCAGCGUCAUUUGCGUUAAGGUUUGGACCUAUUUGUGUACCUCCUACAGCUUCGACAGACUCUUAUCCGAAUAAUGUUUGGUUUAAACAGGAGAAUUAUGUAUUGCCAGAUGAUAAUCAGUUAGAAAAUGUAAGUUUAGCUUUUUUCUAGGUUAAAAGAAUAUAGUAAUUGAUAUUAUUCAUAACUAAUCUUGAAUUUUAACCUAAUUUUUAAUCCUUUUCAAUUUUUUAGGUAAAAGCAGAGUAUGAUGUGAUACUAGCGUUUGGAAUUACAAAAUGGGUACAUCUCAACCACGGAGAUCAAGGGUUAAAACGAUUUUUCAAACGAAUCUACAGACAGUUAAACCCUGGAGGACUACUUAUUCUAGAGCCACAGCGUACCAAUGGCUACAAGAAGUACUCUAAAAUCGAUUAUGAGAUUGAAAAAAAUUUUAAAAAUAUUAAAAUGUGGCCAGAGCACUUCAAGGACUACCUCACAUCAGAAGUUGUGGGCUUUGCAUGCUGUGAUUACUUGGAGACGCCGCUGGUCGAGGCUUAUGGUAAGGUUUGUGGUUGUUUUUAGGUAUAUAACGACUUUUCAGUAAAAAAUUUAACUCAAAUUUUGAUUUUUAAUUUUAAAUAUUUAUCUAGUAUAAGAUAAUACUUGAGUUUGCUUACAAACUUAUUUUAGGCUGUGAUUCCCCCAUUUUACUACUCUACAAAGGCCCAUUGGAAGGUGAUGUAGCAGACGAAAACGAUUACAAUUUCCGAUUCUCAAACCAAGUCGAUUUCAUCGCAACUCCUGAACAUGAUCCCAAUCAAGAAUCUGACGAACUUUAA